CUCAUCCGUUCCCGUCCCCGUUCGCCCCUCGCCGACGCCAAGUUGCAUUGACUCCCCUCCUCCCCGGUCCCCCACCGCCCCUCCGGCCAUGGAUGUGGACGGGCCCACCACCACCGCCACCGCCACCGCCACCGCCACCGCCAAGCCCGCCUCCAAAGGCGAGGCCCGCGAGGUAGACGUCGGCGAGGAGGAGGACACGCUCGCCGGCGUCCUCCGCAGCUUCGUCGACGGCGUCUGGCACCCCGACGAGCACGAGCCGCUGCUCCGGCGGCUCCGGGCGGCGUCCUGCGAGGCCGCGCCGCGGCUGAGGGGCGCGUCCCGGAACUCCGCGCGGGACCUGCUCGAGUGGACCAGGCGGGGCAGCGGCCUCCGCGCCAUCCUCGUCAUCUCGGUCGGAACAAUCACUCUUAUAGCAUUGACUGGCCUUCUGAUCUUCAUGUUCUUCCUGUUGGUUGCCACUGCUAAUGCGGUCAUCGUCUCAGUCCUGAUGUCACUGGCUGCUGCUGGAGGAUUCUUGGCUAUCUUCUUUGCUUGCUUAGUUGCAGUUUAUAUUGGAGCAGUAUCAGCUGCUAUCUUUGCCAUUUCUGCGACUGUCAUAUCAGCAGUUGUUGGAGUUAUGAUUGCUACCGGUUGGGUUGGGUUCUUCUGGAUGAUCUGGUUCGCCGCAAGGAAGAGCAUGGACCUGACGAAGCACUCCAUUGGCGUGACGAGCUCGGCGAUCCAAUCGUACUCGGCGUCCCGGCAUGUGAACCAGAAGCCUGUCGACUGAGUUUAGUUGGUUGCAUCCUGUAUGAAGCCCGCCGGUGUAUCUAUGUGAAUUACGGUUUGGCUGUUUGUAAGAGUGGUUUGGCUGUUUGUAAGAGUGUAGAAGACGGCACCUCUGUUUCUCUCGGUGACUAGCUGUAUAAUACUAGCUCUGAAAUUUGGCAGCCUGUACGUUGGGCAUCGCGGCCAAUGCUGUUCUGUUUGGGAUAGUGAGCAGAUAAAUUUUCUAGUGAAUAGGGGUCAUGUGUACAUUGUGCAGGUACGCAGUAUGUACAUGUCCUUUAUGAGUGAACAAUAAUAAUUUCAUUGUCUU